UGUCACUGGGCACUUAAAAGAAGAGACAGGGGCGAGAAUGAGGAGAUGGAGGAAUGAGUGAGAGAGAGAGAGAGAGAGAGAGAGAUAGAGAUAUAUAUAGAGAGAGAGAGAGGAGAGAGAGAGAGAGAAAGAGAAAGAGAGAAAAUGAAAGAGUGAGAUUACACAAGAAGGUGAGAUAGUGAUGUGUGAGCACAAGAAAGAGGGACAGAAAAAGACAGAAGAAAAGGAAAUCUUCUAAAUUCCUCAACCCAGCAGAGGUGAUGACAAUGUGUUUCCUCUCAGGGACCCCACGCUACCUUUACUGACCAACACAGAUGAGUCAUAUUGUGGUCAUGGCCAUGGAGAUGCUGUGGUCUUUAUACAUGCUGGUGGUUCUGUUUUCAGUACAUGCAGCCCACUCUCACAAAGAUUCACAAGGACUCUCCUGUGUAAAUGACUUAGUCAAUAAUGUCACCUGUACAUGGAACGGCUCUCUGAAGGACCCUGGUGUUGACUGUUGGAUCACCGGACUGAAGCAAAACUCCGACAUGACGAAAGAUGGGAGAAAAACUGUAACAAUAAGCCGAAGUUGCAAGCUGAAACAAUACAAAGACUCUCCUCCAGGCUGCAGUUUUGUCUUUGAAAAGCAUACAUUCCACCCUUUAGAAUCCAUGCCCAACAUUAGCAUGAAGUGUAAUGGUACAUUGGUGGAUUACCUCACAAAGUACAAGCCGGUCGAUCACAUUAAAAUGCAACCUCCAGGUGCUCCUAACGUCAACUGCACUGGUAAUGAGAUGUUGAUAUCGUGGAGUCUAGACAGCAUUACCUCCAAGUUCCUUAAAUCCUUUGACUUCCAAGUUCAAAUCAAACGGAAUCACAAGACAUGGGAGACUUAUAGCACACAAGAACAAAAGCUACAGCUACAACUGCAGCUGAAGGGGGUCUGUCUGGUCAGAGUGAGAGUCAUGCCAACGGGGAGGCAAUAUAGCCACUGGAGCAAGUGGAGUCCAACUACGAAAUGUCAGGGCCCAGAACAGGAAGAACCCUUUCCAGAUCAUCAUUCUGUUUCAGAGUCGUGGUUAGGCUUACGCCAGUUCCUGAUACCCAGUUUGAUUCUCAUCAUCAUAGUACUGGCAGUGCUUUACUGGAGAUGCGUGACCAAGAUCCUUGCAAGGGAGCCAGUACCAAACCCUUCGAAAUACUUUCAUACCCUCCACUCUGUCCACGGAGGAAAUCUAAAGACAUGGCUAAAUCCUCUGUCGGCUCCUGAAUCAUUCUUCACCGCCGAGCCAUGCGAUGAAAUGUCCUCAGUGAAGGUGUGUGAAAGCUGGGAUGAGGAGCACUCCACCUCUCCCUCCUCCAGUACCUCACUUCAUUUUAGGAGCUACCCCUCAGCAGGUUCAGACACUAGCGGGAUUGUUGACAAUUCCUCUUCCUCUGUUUCAUCCGGCUUCUCCAACAUGGGUUAUUUCAUGUCUAGCUCCUCCAGCAGCUCAGCUAGAACUGACCCCAGUUCUGACUACUUCACCUAUAAGGAAGAUUUACGCAAUUCACAAAACAGCCACAACCUUCGCCUCUCCCUCUUCCCUCCCUUUACCACCUCUCAGACCUAUGAGAGCUUGAAGCGGGAACCACACAGCCCAGACUCUGGAUUUGGCAUCGGAGAGGAAGAUAAAGAGGACAAAGAAGAUAACAGUGAUGUAACCGGGGAGGAGGUUUCAGAUGAUCACCAGGGCGCUCCUAUUCUCAUUCUUCCUCUCCAUCUUCCUUCCUGGAUGUGCCCCGCCUCCAUUCCUCCACCACCUCUUCAUCCUCCUAGUCUAACUCAGAUAUCGUCUGAGAGCCAACAGGUGGAUGUAACUGCGGCAGCUGCUAGUGGUAGCUAUGCGGCCUGGCCUGUUGCUGGUGCCAUGUACAGGUCCUCCUCCAUGCCUGUGGAGCCCUGUAAAACAGGAUAUCUCACCCUCAAAGAGCUACAGACAACAUUCAGCAAUAAAUCUAUCUAAGAAAGUGUAGUGUAUCUACAUGAAUCACUUUGCAACCAUUUUACAUGUAAUCUGUGUUUACAUCAUAAGCAACCUGACCAACUAUUCAUUGUCAUUCAUUGUGGAUGCAAAAGUGCCUGACAUCAUAAAUGCAAUGUUCAUGUGUGGUUUUGACUAAGAAAAACUACUUUUUUCUGCUUUAACCUGUAUUUAUUUUAUUAGCCACUUGG